AUGAUUAAAAUUCCAUAUUUGACCGCAUUGAGUACCUACUUCAGCUACGGAUUACUCUUCGCUUUUGGCCAAUUCCGUGAUUUCUUUCGUAAAAUCUUCGAUUGGUGGCACUCUAGCAAUCUUCAGGGUUAUGCACCUAUCUGUUUAGGACUCGAAGACUUCUACAUUCGUCGCUUAUAUCUUCGAAUUCAGGAUUGUUUUGGACGGCCGAUAUCGAGUGCGCCGGAUGCGUGGUUUGAUGUUGUCGAGCGUUACUCCAAUGACAAUAACAAGACAUUGAAACGGACUUCGAAGGUAACUAGGUGUCUUAACUUGGGGUCGUAUAAUUAUCUUGGGUUUGCUGCAGCUGAUGAGUAUUGUACGCCUCGUGUUAUUGAGACAUUGAAGAGGUUUUCACCAAGUACUUGCAGUUCUCGUGUUGAUGGAGGAACUACAACAUUGCAUAAGGAACUGGAGGAAUGUGUUGCAAACUUUGUUGGGAAGCCAGCUUCCAUAGUUUUUGGCAUGGGCUAUGUCACAAACUCUGCCAUUCUACCCGUUCUGAUGGGAAAGGGAGGGUUGAUAAUUAGCGAUUCAUUGAACCACAAUUCAAUUGUCAAUGGUGCUCGAGGUUCAGGAGCAACAAUUCGGGUUUUCCAAAACAAUACACCGUCUCACUUGGAGGAAGUUUUGAGACAGCAAAUUGCGGAGGGCCAACCAAGGACACAUAGGCCUUGGAAGAAGAUAGUUGUCAUCGUGGAGGGAAUUUACAGUAUGGAAGGGGAACUCUGCAAACUUCCAGAGAUUGUUGCAGUAUGCAAGAAAUAUAAGGCAUAUGUUUACUUGGACGAGGCUCAUAGCAUUGGAGCAGUUGGGAAAACAGGAAGAGGUGUUUGUGAACUCUUAGGAGUGAAUACAGCUGAUGUCGAUGUUAUGAUGGGAACUUUUUCGAAAUCGUUUGGAUCUUGUGGUGGUUAUAUUGCUGGAUCUAAGGAGCUAAUCCAAUAUCUUAAGUACACUUGUCCAGCUCAUUUAUAUGCAACAUCAAUAUCCCCUCCAGCUGCUCAACAAAUUAUAUCUUCCAUAAAGGUUAUUCUGGGAGAGGAUGGUUCUAGUAGAGGGGCUCAAAAACUUGCAAGAAUACGUGAAAAUAGCAACUUUUUCAGGUCAGAACUGCAGAAAAUGGGUUUUGAGGUUCUAGGAGAUAACGAUUCACCAGUGAUGCCCAUAAUGCUUUACAAUCCAGCAAAAAUCCCUGCAUUUUCUCGGGAGUGUCUAAAGCAGAACAUUGCUGUUGUGACGGUUGCUUUUCCAGCUACCCCUCUACUUUUGGCAAGGGCACGUAUUUGCAUAUCUGCCUCUCAUACCAAGGAAGACCUUCUCAAAGCAUUGCAGGUUAUCAGUCAAGUUGGUGACCUUGUUGGCAUAAAGUACUUCCCUGCUGAUUCUGAAAAGCAACAUCAGGAGCAAGGUGCAAUCAAGUUGUAA